AUGACCAUGGUUGAAGAGUAUGACGAGAACGCCAACGUUGACGAUGGCGGAAUGACCGGACCUGGCGCUCCCACGCCCUUGAGCGCGCUCGAGGGUGUCUCGGGAUUGACGAAACGCGAUAUCCAGUUGAUUGUUGACGGUGGCUACAACACAGUCGAGGCCGUCGCCUACACGCCUAGGCGAUUGCUGGAGCAGAUCAAGGGCAUCUCGGAGCAAAAGGCGGGCAAGAUCCUCGCUGAAGCCUCCAAGCUUGUGCCCAUGGGCUUCACCACCGCAACCGAGAUGCACCAGCGCCGGAGCGAGCUCAUCUCCAUCACCACGGGCUCCAAGAACCUCGACACCCUCCUGGCCGGCGGCGUCGAGACGGGCUCCGUCACGGAGAUCUUUGGCGAGUUCCGCACGGGCAAGUCGCAGAUCUGCCACACGCUGGCCGUCACCUGCCAGCUGCCCUUCGACAUGGGCGGCGGCGAGGGCAAGUGCCUGUACAUCGACACCGAGGGCACCUUCCGGCCGGUGCGCCUGCUCGACGUGGCCAACCGCUUCGGCCUCUCGGGCGAGGAGGUCCUCGACAACGUCGCCUACGCGCGCGCCUACAACUCGGACCACCAGCUGCAGCUGCUCAACCAGGCCGCCGCCAUGAUGUGCGAGACGCGCUUCAGCCUGCUCGUCGUCGACUCGGCGACCUCGCUGUACCGGACCGACUUCCUGGGCCGCGGCGAGCUGAGCAGCCGGCAGACACACCUGGCCAAGUUUAUGCGCACGCUACAGCGGCUGGCCGACGAGUUCGGCAUCGCCGUCGUCAUCACGAACCAGGUCGUCGCCCAGGUCGACGGCGGCCCGUCGGCCAUGUUCAACCCGGAUCCGAAGAAGCCCAUCGGCGGCAAUAUCGUUGCCCACGCGAGCACGACCCGGAUCAGUCUCAAGAAGGGCAGGGGCGAGACGAGGAUAGCGAAGAUCUACGACAGUCCGUGCCUUCCAGAGAGCGACUGUCUCUUCGCGAUCAACGCCGACGGUGUGGGCGACCCUGCGCCGAAGGACAUGGAGAAGGAGUGA